AAUAUAAUCAUAUAAUCAAUAUACUGUAUGAUCACUACACACAUUUAUUGAAAUCAUAUUAUGUGUCUUGAAUUAACCUAAAUUUUCCAAGUCAAUAUGAUGCACUGAAUCAAACAACUAUACUGUUUGAGCAAACAUGCUUUGCUAGCUACUGUAAUUCUCAAUACUAUGGGAACCCAGCGUUUAGGCAGCAUAAAAGUCCAGUCACUAACUUCCCAAAAGGAAGUGAUCAAAGAACCAAUAAUAAACUAUGCUAGGAAGUAGCUAACUAUAUUUUGUUUAGCAUAACUAUCGGGCAGCCAAGCCCCCCAAGUGACUCUGGAGCACUCUCUUCCAUGAAGAGUAGCGAAACUGGGUUCCACAUGCCCGGACGACCAUUCCCGGACGACCACUAGACUAGAUGACAGCAUCGAGAUGCAUAGGCCACAAUCUCCACAGUUCUCCAGGAACCGUAUCAAGCUUUCAGGCCGGAUGUAGUAGCCCAAAUUUAAUUCCCAUACAUGCCACGAUGGAGGGCAGUCUCAUGAAAGAAUAGUCUUGUGGGGGUUUUCACACUCGUGCUAUUUUUAGGGAUAUUUGUGCAUUAUGACUGCUACAUGGAAUUGUGGGAGUUGUAGUCGCACAGCUCCGGACACAGCUGUUCGUCCUUACUCGGAUCAGCAUUUGCUUCGAUUCUAAAAGGCAACGAACUGGGCUAUGAAUCUCGUGUCCGCCCCUCGUAGUUAGCCAAUGGGAGAGGGCUUGAAAGACGGUUGGCGUGAAUUCCAGCGGUUGAGUCUCAAGAAUGACCAAUGAGGGAGGCCCUGGAGCGGCGGGGGUGGGCGAGGCGAGGCAAGCCCCACCCUGCCUCCUAUUCCUUGCAGGCCCUGGAAAACUGGGCAGCGACGGCGACGGCCGCCAUUUCCCUCGCCCCCUGCAGUGACGGCGCAGCGGCAUCAGCACUGACGUGAGGCGACGCGCGGCCUCGCCCGGCCCAAUCCCUCUUCCCCGCCUGCUUUCCCUGUGACGGGGGCGCCACGUACUCGGACAAAUGACCAUGGAAACAGUUGAACCACAAGAUGGCAGUGCAACAGACUCUAUUACAGAAAGUGAUUCUGUUAAUAUGCAAUCUCCAAUUGGCCAAAAUCAGAUCUCCACUAUAGCUCAAGUUUCUGUAGCGGGAUCAACAACUGGAAGAGGAUCUCCCUCUGUAACUGUAGUGCAGUUCCCUUCUGGUCAAACUGUCCACGUACAGGGAGUGAUUCAAGCCACCCAACCUUCAGUUAUCCAGUCACCACAAUUGCAAUCUGUUCAGGUAGCACCAGCUACAAAUACAGAUGAAUCUACCGAAACAGAGGUGGUAAUUGAUUCUCAGAAGCGGAGGGAGAUACUUUCAAGGAGGCCUUCGUAUCGAAAAAUUCUGAAUGAGCUUUCUUCUGAUGCACCUGGCGUUGCUAAGAUUGAAGAAGGAAAACCAGAGGAAGAAGGAGCAGCCUCUGGAAUCCCUGCCAUGGCCGUGCCAACCAGCCUUUAUCAGACUAGCACCGGGCAGUACAUUGCUAUAGCCCAAGGUGGAACAAUCCAGAUCUCUAAUCCAGCAUCUGAUGGUGUUCAAGGAUUACAAACAUUAACCAUGACAAAUUCAGGAGCUCCUCAACCUGGUGCCACAAUUGUGCAAUAUGCAGCUCAAACACCUGAUGGCACCCAACAGUUCUUUGUACCUGGGAGUCAGGUUGUUGUCCAAGCGGCUACAGGUGACAUGCCAACUUACCAAAUCCGUACUCCAACCACAGCCUUACCUCAAGGAGUCGUCAUGGCAGCUUCCCCAGGAACACUGCAUAGCCCACAGCAGCUAGCAGAAGAAGCAACACGUAAAAGAGAACUAAGGCUUAUGAAAAAUAGGGAAGCUGCUCGUGAAUGUCGCAGGAAGAAGAAAGAAUAUGUCAAAUGUCUUGAAAAUCGUGUGGCUGUGCUUGAAAAUCAAAACAAGACUCUCAUUGAGGAACUCAAGGCCCUCAAAGACCUUUAUUGCCAUAAAGCAGAGUAACUGGCAUUUGGCUGUGGAACUUUUUACUAUGAACAGUAAUCAAGGCAUGAGAUGAAGCAAUUCUACAGAUUGCCAAGUGACCCUUAAGAAAGGGGCAGUGUGUGGUCAUUGUGAUCUUGGCUUUUCUUAGGUCUUUUUUCUAAAAAGAUGUGUGAUUUCUAAUCUUUGGAAAGCAUCACUGCCUCCAUAUUGUAUUGACCGUGGUCACUGCACCAUACCCAUCCUAACCUUAUCUCAGU